ACUAUGUACAACUGAUAAAAACGUGUGAAGUCUAAAAAUCAGUUUAUCCAUUUAUUACUGAAGUAUUUUCAUUAGGAGAUUGAAACUCUCCAAUGAUUAAAAAUUUAAUUGUAUAGAGAGUUACAGUCAGUGUCAAAAAGGAUAAUGCUUGAAAUGAAGUAUGAGAUACAUUUUAUACUCUUCUGUUACUCAGGGUGAUCUCGUAGAUAGCAGUUCAUUUUCUGAGUUCUCAGACAUUGACCAUUCCUCAGGACGAGGAUCAGAUGAUGAAGAUACAUCAGGCUCUGGAGAUGGUCCAGAAGGAGAAGAGAAAGAAGAAGGAUCAGGAGGAAUCAUAAUUGAAGAUACAAACAAAGAAAUAAUAGUUGUGUCAGCAAACAGACCACAUAACCCCACUUGGUUAUCACCUUUUGAAAAUCCAGUAAAUAAAGCUGACACUACAAAGAAACCACCCCUUCCUCCAAAAGAAGAACAACCAAUGAUCAAGGUUACAACAACUUUUCAGCCAGAUCAUAAAAAUCACAUCCCUAACAUCUUAAAACCAACAAAAUCUGAUGUUGAAAUAAGAAAAAUGAAUAAUGCUCCUCCUGUACCUGGGGGAAAGGAAAGUCCAGAUGAAAGCUGGGAGGAUAAUGAUAUUCACAUCUUGGGGCAUAUGCAAGAGGAAACUUCUUCAUCAUUCUUUGCACAACCUGGAAUAUUGGCUUCUGUUAUUGGAGGUGCAGUUAUAGCACUAAUGUGUAUCAUUCUAAUGGUAAUGUUCAUUGUCUACCGGAUGAAAAAAAAAGAUGAAGGAAGUUACAUUGUAGGUGAUAGUAAGGGAUCAAAAGAUAACUCGUCUGAAAAAGGGAAAAACAAGGAAAUAUUUGCAUAGAAAUCAUAAAGCCUUUUUUUUAUUUUAAUUCUAAAUCACCAGGGUGAGUUGCUGUUCUAUAUGUGCAUUUGGUUGCUAUGAAAAGAGCAUUGUCACAAGUAAAUUAAUCAUUUGAUUAUCUUUAGGAUCAUUCAUUGAUGUUAAUUACUACUUAAUGUAUUUGCACACUUUCAUGUCUUCAAAAAUGGUGUCAUAGUUUAAAUAAAAAAAAACCAUUAAGUAUUAAGUGUUUAAUUUUAUAUUUAUAGGAAUUUCACAGCUGUUUUGUGCUAGAAGUAAUUUAUUUUGGGAUUUUGCACAUUUAAAAAUUGGUGUAGAAAGUUGUUACAGGACAUAAUACAUUUUUUGUAGGUAUAUGUGCAAAAAAUAGUCAAAUAGGUUAGUUCGUGUUAUUUUCCAUUGCCAUAAUUUUUCAAAAGAGUGUAAAUCAUUAUACACAAGUAAACUUUCAAAAAUAAUAAAGAAUGUAACUGUCAUUAGUAAAAUAAAAACAAAAAAUGUUUGUGUAUUUAGUUUUGAAUAUUAGGGAAUAAAAUUAAUAGAUUUGAUAUUAAGUGGGUUAAUGUUGUUAGAAUCUUCCUGUAUGUAAGUAACAGCAUCAUUUUAAGCACUUUCCAACCAUUAUUCAUGAUGGUUAUAAAUCCCAAUAACAUUUUGUCUAAGUAAAAUAAAAAAUGUUAUCUUUAUUGUAAUAACCAGUGGCUUACUAAUAUAUGCUUGAAUGUUUUUAUAGAGUAAUUAAUGACAAAAAAGCAUCAUAUUUUCCAUUCUAUUUAAACCUAAAAAGAUUGGAAAUGAUUAGAAUGACAUAAUUUGUUGUAAUAAUUUUUCUUAUAUAGUAUUUCUAUGACUUUUUGUAUUCAAAUUGAUAAAGUACAGUAAAAACAUUAAAAAAAAAUGCAAUGUUCCAGUUGCAUCAUUAAAUGGAAUAAGUGCAAGGCUGAGAAAAAGACUGGUUUCCUCUAAAGAGUAAUUAGGUAGAUUCAGCAGAGUAAAUGGAAAUCUGACAGAAAAUAUAUUACAGAGUGAAUCUAAAUUCUCUGACUUUUACCAAGUUUGAGGAAUGAAAGAGACAGGACACAAUGUAAAAUAUAGUGAAACAACAUUUAUUCAAUGCACAAAAUUCUAUCAAAAGUAACAAAUGUACGAGACAAAAGACAACGCAUCUGAUGGAUAGUUAUUUGUAAAUUCUCCUAAAAAACUUGUUAAAAGGUUUAUGAACAACUAUUUAACUAAUGAUUAAACUUAAGAAAGUAUUUUACCAUUGAAACAAAUAAAUUAACCUACCAAACUGAGACUUUCAGUUUCAGAGAGAGCAUAGCAUUAUAUAUAUAUAUACAAAAUUCUAAAAUGCCAUCCUUAUCAGAUGUGCACUACUACAUCAACAUUGGUCAUUCCCUUUGAAAAAUGAGGGAGUUUACAUCCAUAUGGCAACACCUGACCUGUCAGUGAAAGAGAUAACUGUCCAUAUCUGCAUAGAAAGUUGAACCUUCAGAAAUCUUUCCCAUGAGAAAUUACCUGCAAUACCACAAGUGAAUGACCCAGAAAAAUAGGUAGCUAGGAUGAACAGAACUUGGCAACUUUUAUAACCACUGUUCUGUGUUGGAAACGUAAACAUUCAUUUUGAUUAAAGUAUAUGUUAAGCAAUGAGGUAGAAAACAUGUAGCCUACCUGCACAUGACAGUGGAAAGUGUUUUAAUGUGCUCCCAUGCAUUCCUCAGAGGUCACUGAUCAAUACACAAGUAUCAUGGUUCUUAAGAUCAUGAUUAUAAAAAGAAAAAACAAAGGUUGGAUAUAAUAAAUGCAGGAGAAAUUGGCUGCUUAGCUUUUUACCAGCGGUGUGCAACAUCACCUUUGAGUACUUACAGAACUGAGUUUCCAUGGUAUCUUUUAAAUCUGAACACCAGUAAGGAAAAAAUGAAUUAUAACUUAAUGCAUAACAAUAUACUUCUAUAACAUGUUAAAGUAAGACAUUGAAAUACCCAUGAAAAUGAUAUAUGAACAGAUAAUAUUGCGUCACAUAAAUCUAAGUAAAGUAAGCAUUUUUAAAAAAUUAAAUUUGUUUCUUCGUUGUCUUAAGUUUACUAUUACUCAUUGUACAUGUAUGUUGUACCUAUACUGUAUUUGAUUUAGUGUAGUUAUAAAAAAAUUUAUGUUAUUUGUCUUGAAGGUUAUUAUUGAAAUUUUUAUGUAAAUAUAGUUUACUGUAUAACAAGAAUGUAGAAGAAACCAAAGUUUUCCCUGUAUAAUCUUUCAACCCCCUUUAGAUGGCCCGUAACUCAUCCCCAAUUUCUGACCCACAACUUCCCUUUAUUACAUGUUGAGAACAGUUUAGGGCAGAUUUUGUUUGCAUUCAAUGAUUAAACACGUAAUCAGCUAGCUAUUGGUAAUGUUGUAUUUCCUUCCCAAAGUGGUGUUAUUCUUGGUAAAUAAACAAAGCUGUUGUCAUCAACACUUACCUCCCAUAA